GUACACUUAAUUAAAACAUAACUGACUAUUCUUUCGGAUAUAAAGCAAUUAUGUAAUGGGAAACAUUUACAAGCUAUAAUGAGAGAAUGGAAAUUCUUUUUCAAUGUUCAAAUUUUACUUCAAUUGUUGAUAAAUUUACGGCCUCUUAAUUCAGCACUUUUGAAUACGGUUCUCGGGUAUCCGUCAGAAUGCAUCCAUGAAAAUUCUAUACAUCUUUGUCAAUUAUCAUUUCAAUGUUGGCUUCAAGGUGGACGGCAUGCAAAUGGAUGCGGUGGUAAUAAAUGGUUAUUUUCUUGUUGUGUUAAAGAUUCUGACAAAUUUCAAACUUCUGCAACCACAACUAAUAUUAUUAAACAGAAACGUAAUAAAAAAAUUGCUCUUUUGCCUAAAAGGAUAAUGAUGAAACGCCGCGAUGAAGACAAUAAUAUUUUUAAACAGUCUGAGUGUGGAAUACCUAAUACUUUUCAAAAUACUUUACAAAAACGAAUAAUUGGAGGAAGACCUGCACGUUUUGCUGAAUAUCCAUGGCAAGUGCAUAUUCGCAUUUCUGAAUAUCAAUGUGGUGGUGUAUUAGUUUCAACAAGGCCAGCAUUUAUUGCAACGGCAGCUCACUGUAUUCAACAGGCUGAUUUAGAUGAUAUUGUUGUUUAUCUCGGCGAAUUAGACACACAAAAUUCUGGUUUCAUUACUGAGCCCAUUCCUUCCGAAAAACAUAGAGUUACCCAUAAAUUUGUUCAUCCGAAAUUUAAAUUUCGUAUAACCCAACCUGAUCGUUACGACAUCGCUCUAUUAAAAUUAGCUAAAUCUACUGGAUAUUCAUCCCAUAUACUACCAAUAUGUUUGCCAAUUAAACCAAUAGAAAUAAUUGGUAAGAAAGGUUUAAUUGCCGGAUGGGGUAAAACUGCGGCACAAAUGGGUCAUACUGGUACAAAUAUAUUACAAGCAGCAACAGUGCCAAUCAUAAGCACUAGUGAUUGCCUUCGAUGGCAUAGAAAAAAAUCAAUACGGGUUGAACUAUUCAAUGAAAUGUUUUGCGCUGGUCAUUCAGACGGUCAUCAAGAUGCAUGUUUAGGAGAUUCUGGUGGUCCAUUAAUAGUUAAAAAUCAUGGUCAUUUUGUACUUGCCGGAAUUACAAGCGCAGGAUUUGGAUGCGGUGUUGACCAUCAACCAGGAAUUUAUCACAAUGUUCAAAAGACUGCAAAAUGGAUACGAGAUGUUAUCAAUCAAAAUGGAGGAAACCUAAAAAAUUAAAUUUUUUCAACAAUUUCGUAUUUAUUGGUAUUUUAGGGUUAGAGAAUCUGUUUGUAAUUUUUGUAUUUAUUUUCAUUUUAAAAUUUCCACGGAUCAA